CCGGAUGCAUCUCUUUAUGAUAGCAUUAAAAAAAAUUUAGAAAGUAUCGAAUCUGAUCUUAUAUGGCAUGAUCCGGAGGCGAGCACAGUUUUUAGUGAUGAAUCUUCAUUAGUGCAAAACUUGAAAAUAAGACAGAAGCGUCAUUUUUUAGAACUGCGUGAGAAAAUGAAAUGUGAACUUCCUAGAGAAAUUAUUUCCAAGUGUGAGGAGUUUAUAAAUAAUUUUCGCAGAGAACACAUGCCAAAUAACUUUAGAAAUACU